UGUCCGCCCUGAUCCGCGGCCGCUGUGGAAGGGGCGGAGCCGCAGCGGAGGGCGCUCCGCUUUGACGUCACUUCCUGUGAGCCCGGCGGUGACAACGGCAACAUGGCCCUGAACGGAGCUGAAGUCGACGACUUCUCCUGGGAGCCCCCGACUGAGGCGGAGACGAAGGUGCUGCAGGCGCGACGGGAGCGGCAAGAUCGCAUCUCCCGGCUCAUGGGAGAUUAUCUGCUGCGCGGUUACCGCAUGCUGGGCGAGACGUGUGCGGACUGCGGGACGAUCCUCCUCCAAGACAAACAGCGGAAAAUCUACUGCGUGGCUUGUCAGGAACUCGACUCAGACGUGGAUAAAGAUAACCCCGCUCUGAAUGCCCAGGCUGCCCUCUCCCAAGCUCGGGAGCACCAGCUGGCCUCAGCCUCAGAGCUCCCCUUGGGCUCUCGACCUGCAUCCCAGCCCCCAGUACCUCGUCCGGAGCACUGUGAGGGAGCUGCAGCAGGACUCAAGGCAGCCCAGGGGCCACCUGCUCCUGCUGUACCUCCAAAUACAGAUGUCAUGGCCUGCACACAGACAGCACUCUUGCAGAAGCUGACCUGGGCCUCUGCUGAACUGGGCUCUAGCACCUCCCUGGAGACUAGCAUCCAGCUGUGUGGCCUUAUCCGCGCAUGUGCGGAGGCGCUGCGCAGCCUGCAGCAGCUGCAGCACUAAGAGAAGCCCCUGAGAAAAACCCUCUAGAAAAACA